GUUAAUGUUUGUCGGCGCAGUUCUUUGUUCCAAGUCCUUUGCACUAAGGUUUUCUUUGUUAAUAUCUACAGAUAAUUAAAACUAAGAACUUUUCUAUUAGCUUUAAAGUAUUAAAAACUUGUGCCGCUUUUAAUUUCUAUUCACAUAAACAAUAUACAGGAAGUAUUAUGCCUGGUUACCAUGAUCCUAUUCAGCAUCAUCGUCGUCUAAGUUCUUUUUCCUUGGAUGCCAUAGAGGAAUAUUUUGCCCAACUGAAUCCGAUUGCCAAACGUAUUGCCUACGAUAUUAAUGACACCAAAGCUAACUAUGGCCAACUGUGGGAGACUUUAGACUAUCAUGAACAGAACGAUAUAAUAAAUGAUACUUUGAUUAAGCCGGAAAUUUCCUUACGGUACUUUGAUAAUUUUCUAACACCCACACCAACUAACUCUUCGGGAAAUAGUUAUCAAUCAUCAACGGAUUCGUUGACAGCCAUAGUACUAAAGGAUGUGGGGGCAGCUAGAGAUUCUAUGGGGAAUCGGGAGGAGGAAGGAGACAAGAAAAAAAUGUCCACCCUUAAACCAUAUGGUGGAAAAUUUAGCCCGCAUGGUGUGAAAAAUUUUUACUCUUAUGAUGGACGUAAUUUGUAUACUUUUGGUAUGCAAAAAGUUGCACUUAAAGUUAUACAGGAUGACGCUUUAGGUUGUUUUCGCGACGAACAUUCACGUCCAUUUUGUUAUAGAACAAAAUCUCAAAUUAAUUUGUUUGUCUUACAACCGUCGGCAGAAACAAAGGCAGCUCGAAAAGCAAUUGCACCCCCCAGUAAGAUAUUAACAGCGCCAAUAAAGUCCAUGGCUUUAAAAACACGUGAAGAGAGCUCACCCCAAGAUGAGGAAUCGAAAAAAGCUUUGGAUAAUUAUCAUCGUUUGCAACAUCAAUUGAAAAUGAAUCUUAACGAAAAGAAAUCUCAAGAUUUACAAAAAUCAUCAUCAUCAACUUAUAUAUCCAUUAAACCCAGUAGUAUUACAGCUAAUCGUAAAAUUAUUAAAUCUCCCGACACUUCUUAUAAAUUAGAAAGUAAGGAUAACACAGCUACAACAAAUUCGAAGAAUGCUAAGUCUUCAUUGCUGCAAAAUUACCUAAAUUCAACACAAAUUAAUGCAACACCAAAGAUAGGAGUUAACUAUGCAGUUUUCUCUGAUGCUUACAACACAGCUGAGGAAAGUUCCAAUUUAUUGCAGCAUUGCGGUCAAAGCGAUCUAGCUACAGCUUCUUGCUCUUCGGCAGCUACGUCGGAUGACGAUGAAAAAACUUUAGAAGCAGAGGAUGUUCAUCUUCUUGACAAUGAUUCAAACAUACGCAAAGGAUUUGAUUUUCUUAAUAAUUGGUAAAAUUAAUAUUCAAAUGGCUGCUUAGAGAUGAUUAACUAAUAAUUGCUGCUUUAUAGUAAACUAGAAGAUAAAACACUACUGACCCCUUUUUCCAAAAAAUUUUGAUAUUCAUAUAAUACGAAAAAAAAGACCCAGCGACAUAAUUCUAUAAUAAUAGACUGAACUGAUUUUUUAAAUAAUAAAGAAAAUAAAAUAU